AUGUGCAUCCAUAUCAGCUGUUAGCAGUGACAGUAUAGAAGUCUCUAAGGAACUUAUCCAUAAUUCAGCCGAAAUCCCUGAAAUGAUGAUGCCACGAGACGAAAAUUCUUGUCAGCUCGAUGGUGUCUCAUCAUCAACCUCCAUGUCAUCUAGAUUUGACUAUGACGUUUUCUUGAGUUUCAGAGGACCUGAUACUCGCUCGGGCAUUACCGAUUUCCUCUAUACAAGCUUAUUAGCUGCCAGAAUCCACACAUAUAGAGAUGAUGACGAGCUGAGAUUUGGAGAGGAGAUCGGUCCUGCGUUACUCAAAGCGAUCAACAAUUCAAAAAUUUCAAUUCCCAUAUUUUCCAAGGGCUAUGCCCUUAGUAAAUGGUGUCUUAAUGAGUUGGUACAAAUGGUAGAGUGUAGGAAAUCAAGAAGACAGAAGAUCAUGCCCAUUUUUUACAAUGUUACACCCUUUGAGGUUCGUCAUCAAACUGGGUCUUACGGAGAUGCCUUUGUUUCGCAUGAGAAACAGUUUGACAAUAAGGUUAUCAGCAAGUGGAAGGCUGCUCUCAAGGAGGUUGGCGAUCUAAAAGGGUGGGACAUUGAUUCAAUGACCACAAGACGAGAAGGAGAGCUUGUAAACCAUAUUGUCCAGAAGGUUAUAGCUGAGUUGAAAAAGGCUUAUUUGCCGGUAACUGAUUGCUUGGUCGGCAUUGAACAUCAUGUGAAGGAAAUCACUAGAAUGGUAUGUGGUGAUUCAGAGGACUUACAAAUUCUCGGAAUCCAUGGUAUGGGGGGUGUAGGAAAGACUACUCUCGCCAAAAUAAUAUACAACCACCUAUCACAUCAUUUUGAAGAUUGUUGCUUUAUUUCCAAUGUCAGAGAAACUUCACAGCUAAAGGGCAUUGAGUGUUUGCAGAAUCAGCUACUCUCUGAUAUCCUCAAAAGAAACUGGUCGAACAUCAGUAAUGUUGAUGAUGGAAUUAAGACAAUAAAAGAAAGGUUGUGUGGCAAAAAGGUCCUGGUUCUACUUGAUGAUGUUGAUAAAAUAAUUCAUUUGAAUGCACUUAUGGGAAGGCCAGUGUGGUUUGGUUUAGGAAGUAGGAUAAUUAUCACCAGUAGAAACACAAAUGUCUUCAAUGUGCCUGAGGUCUGUUUAACUUAUGAGCUUACGGGAAUGGACUUCAAUCAAUCUCUUCAACUUUUUUGCAAACAUGCUUUUGGAAGAGAUCAUCCUUUGGAUGAGUAUGCUGAUUUCUCCAAUGAAGUGGUAAAAAUGACAGGAGGUCUUCCUCUUGCUCUGGAGGUUAUAGGUUCACUACUAUGGGGUAAAACCAAAGAUGUUUGGGAUGUUACAUUGAAGAAGUUGGAAAAGGUUCCUCAUGAGGAAGUUAAGAGAAAGUUAAAAGUAUGUUACGACUCUUUGGAUGAUCGGCAAAAGCAGAUUUUUCUUGAUAUAGCUUGUCUUUUCAUUGGAUUUGACAAAAGGAUUGUGCUUCACAUGUGGAACGAUUCCAAUCUCUUCCCAGGGGAAGGUCUUCAAGUCCUUCAGCAGAUGUCUUUGAUAAAAAUUGGAGAAGACGAUAAGCUAUGGAUGCACGAUCAGCUACGAGACCUCGGUAGAGACAUUGUUCGCCAGGAAUGUAACAUGGAACUAGAGAAACAGACCAGAUUAUGGAAUCAUGAGGAAGCUUCGGACAUUGUGAUGAGAAAGAAGGGAACCGAAAAAGUGGAAGCUCUUUGCCUGAAGUUCGACCACUGGAUGCAGCAGUCUUUUCCUAAUGAAGAGUUAGGGAGGCUAUCAAAUCUGAGAUACCUAGAAAUGAGGCCUGUCCUGGAUAGUUGGCCUCCGAGUGGCUUUCCAACGAAUGUACUCCUAACGAGUCCACCCAUCCUAUCUGAGCUGAGAUGGCUUUCAUGGCAUAAUUUUCCUCCCGUACGUAGCCUGACCGCUUUUUCCAUGAUGAACAUGGUCAUUCUUGAUCUGUCAUGGAGUAAGUUUUCAGAAAGUUGGGAAGGUUGGAGUCAUAUUGAGAUGGCAAGGAACUUAAAAGUUUUGAAUUUGUCUGGUUGUGCACAAUUGCAUAGAACUCCCAACUUCUCUGCACAUGUAAAAUUAGAGCAGUUGAUCCUCGAAAGCUGUGGAAGAUUAGUUGAGAUUGAUGAAUCUAUAGGGCAGUUGAAGCAGUUGGUUCUUUUGAACUUGAGGUUCUGUCGUAAACUUCGGAAGUUGCCGGAAGAGCUGGCCAACUUAGAAUGGUUGAAGGAACUUCUCAUUGACUGCACUUCUAUUAGAGAAAUCCCAGGAUCACGAGGGAUGGAAAAACUCGAGACUCUCAGUGCUUGUGAAUGUUUGUCACUUAAUAACUGCAGUGCAAUUGGUAACUUAACCUCUCUAUUGAGGCUCUCUUUGGAACAUGUUGAAAUUUCUCAACUUCCUCCAGAGAUAGGAGGGCUUGUAAAGCUUGUCCACUUGUCUUUGAGUGGGUGUAAGUUGCUCAAGAGAAUUCCGGACUCGAUUGGGAAUUUGGAAUCAGUAGUCAUGCUGAAUCUGUCCCAUACAUUUAUUGCAGAGUUGCCUAAUUCACUUGGGAACUUGAAGAACUUGAAAAUACUAAGGAUGUGUGGUAGUUCCAUAAGAAGUAUACCCAGUGCAAUUGGGAUGUUGGAGAAGUUGGAAGAGAUAGAUGCAGAGUUCUGCCGACGUCUGGAGGGGACAAUCCCUGAUGAUAUUGGGAGGUUAUUAUCUUUGAGGAUCUUGAAAGUUUCAAACACUAGAAUAUGUUACAUACCAAGGCUUCCUGAAAGCCUGCUCAGUUUGCAUAUUGGUACUAAUUCGAUGAAGAUAUUUCCGGAUCUCUCAAACCUGAUAAAUUUGACUGAGUUGAAUUUGGAGAUUGCACAAGUUCCUGAGUUUUGUUUGGCUGAAGAGAACUCAAUUUUUGUGGACACGACUGAGCUUGUACGGGAUCCAUCACCAUGGUGGAUUGGAAGGUUAUGCAAUCUGGAGUCUCUAAAGUUGUCAUGUGACAGCAUUACUGUCCUCCAUGCGGAUUUUGGUCUUCUGUCUGAACUCAAAAGACUUGAACUUCUUUGUUUUAACCUACAGUUUCUCCCUAGGCUUCCGUCAAGUUUAUUGUGCUUGCAUAUUAAAUCCUCUAGAUCACUGGAAACAUCGAUAGAUCUAUCAAAUUUGAAGGAACUAUCAGAGCUAAGGAUUCAUUCUUGUGCAAUAACAGAUAUCGAUGGCCUUGAAGGUUUGGAGAAUCUUCAAACUUUGGACCUUAGAGCAUUGAAUAAACUUGAAAGAUUACCUGAUCUUUCAAACUUAAAGAAGCUCAAUGAACUGCAUUUGGGUCACUGUCAUAAUCUGAGCAAUCUUCAUAGUAUUCAAGGCUUGGGAAAUCUGAGAAUUUUGAAGCUCAUGGAGAUCCUACAACUCGAGAGAUUACCUGAUCUAUCAAACUUGAAGAAGCUGACUGAACUUCACCUUCAGCAAUGUUAUAGUCUAAGUGAGAUUCAAAGCUUUGAGGGUUUGGAGAACCUGAUAAUGCUAAAGCUAGGUGAACUCCCUCUACUUGAGAGAUUGCCUGAUCUCUCGAACUUGAGGAAGCUCAGAAAACUUGAUAUACAGCAGUGUCAUACUCUUGUCGAGAUUCAAGGAACAUUAGAUUCACUGGAAGACUUGUGCAUCUAUGGAUGCAAUUCAUUGGUUGAGGUGCCUGAUCCUGCAAGCUUCAAGAAUCUGAAAUCUCUCAAAAUUGCGGGAUUGUGAGAUGUUACAUAUGGACCAGGUUUGGGCCUCGAAAUCUGAUACAUUUGAUACAGUAUGUGGAAGUUCAAAAUGUU